AUGACAUUCCAGUAUUCAAUAUUUGCUUACCCAAAGCCUCCUACUAAUCAAGUAAUGGAAGAGAACUACUCACGAUUUGUUAUAUUAACUACCACAAACAGUUAUAAUGACAGUAUAUCAUUUACUUCUAACGAUAAUGUCAAUAAUAUUAAUAAAAUAAUUUACAAUAUUUACAUUGUGUUUGGGUUUAUUUAUGGUCUACUUUUGAUCGAUCGUCUUGAGCAUAUUUUCAUUCAAACUUUUCGGAGAAAUAACAUUCAUCCACUACCAUCACCAUCUGCACUGUUUCAAUUAGUUGAACAGAAAUAUCCAAUGGUUACUAUACAAUUACCAAUGUUUAAUGAAACAGCAUUCUGUGCAUCAGCUAUUGAUUGCGCCUGUAAACUGGAUUGGCCGAAAACAUCACUGUUUAUUCAUGCACUUGACGAUUCGACAGACAAGAAAACAACGGAUCUAAUUGAUAAUCGAGUUAAUGAGUAG